AUAUAGGACUUGAGGAUAAGCAUUUCAAUAUUCUUCGUGAACAAAAAUUUAAAGGUCCAGCUUUCCUCGAGUUGAGUGUGGAAGAACUCCUGCAAGUUGAGUUAAAAUUAGGACCAGCUAAAACAAUCAUUAAGUUUAUUAAUAAAAUUAAGGGCGAAGGACAGACUACGACUGCGUCAAAUCAGAAGAUUCAAGAAUUGAGAGAAAGGCUAGCAAUAUUACAGUACCUUGAAUCAAAAGUCAUACGUCUUAUUUCUGAUGAUUUUAAUAGUUUUAUUCAGUUACAUUCCUGUUUGAAAGAAGCUUUCGGUCUUAAAGGCUCAUUGAUAGAUUAUAAGUUUGUUAUUAGCAAUAAAAAUAUAGAUUUUAGCUGGUCGAAAAAUGACUUUGUCGAUUUUAUUGAAAAACACAAAUGUUCGGUUAAUAAUCCAGUCAGAAUCCUUGGCGUAAAGAAAGGCAUUAAAAGAUCAUACAUGGAUAUGAUAGGUGAAUUACCACCACCAUCGACGCUUGGAAUUCCUAAGGAAUGGUUCAAGCGACAGAAAGGUGAUCCUAUUUGUCUUAAUCACCACUCACCAGAGGCUUCUAGUACUAUACCUGUUAGCUUGUAUAAUUCUAUUUUUGGUAAAUUUAAGGAUUUCUGUGUGAAAGAUCCAGAAAAGAAAGAUAAUGAAUUCACCUAUGAGAUUUGCUAUGAAAUGGCCAAAUUUGAUGAGAAAGAGGAAGAUCGCCAAUAUGUGACAAAUAAACUGUUAAAAGAAUAUCUCGAUCACCCUGUGGAAAUACUUACGAUUAAACGCAAAAAUUCUGACAACAGUUUAAAGGGUGCUCAUACAGACGGCACUAUAUUCCAUUCUAAGUACCGUGGGGCUAAUUUCGAGUAUAAGUGCAAUAACUGUAACUUCGGUGCCUCUCCUUAUUUAGAAAAUUAUAGCUAUUAUUUAGUUUUCUGCAAAGAACAAGAAAAUAGUCCCUCAUUUUGUGUGACCAAUUUUCCAUGCUUUUUAGUUACAAUUGCAGGAUCUUAUUUUUCAAUUUCCGGUGCUGUGCUUGCAGAUCAGAAACAUGAUGAAAUGAUGUUAUCAAUUUCUAGAACAUUUCGUGCUCUUAAGAAAUCUCUCCAAAUUCUUGAUCAAUACUAUGCUCAAGUUGAUUAUCUAGUUCAAAACAUCUCUCAAACUGAUCACCCUAUACAUCCAUCAUUUCCUGAAGUGAUUAUAGACAAUAAGUCUUAUACAAAUAUUGAAUAUGCACCAAAAGUUCUUGCUAGUUUAAUUAUUCCUGGAAAUUGGUGUUUGGUUUAUAUGGAAUAUCUGGACAACUAUUUAAUGCUACAUCGCAUCUCCCUUAACCUUAAUGAUCAGGAACGAAAUUGCUUAAAAGAGAAAAUCGAAAAAGCGGUUGAGUAUUUGCAUAAUUUGGGACAUGUACAUGGAGACUUACGUGAAGGAAAUAUUCUGGUUAGUCGACUUGAAGAUAAUGAUUUUGAUGUGAAAUUGAUCAAUUUUGAAUGGUCUGGAAAGGCUAGUUCUGCGUGUUAUUCUCACUUUAUGAAUCAUAAAAACAUUCAAUGA